CGGUCGCGUUUAAUGCUCGCUACAUUAUCUGAGAUCGCAAGCCAAGUGUGUCGUCCGUCGUAUGCGACGCGAUCGAUAUCCCACAACUGGUGCAGUCGAUCAUCCUGGGCAUCGGCCGUCAGCAUGUACUACACUCGGGACGCCACGAGGCCGAAACAGUCCGGUCGGAUGCCGACGACCCUCAAUUAGGGGGAGGGAGGUGGCGCACCGACAUGGAUGCUCAGCCGCUGCGGAGGGUUAGGGGGUAUCAAAAUUUCAUCCGCUUUUCGCGAUUGCUCAACCAGCCUGUCCCUUGGCAUCCGGCGCGUUUCGAGGGGGAGGAGAACCCCCGCCUCUAUUCGCACCAUCAGGAAGAACAGGGAACAGGGAUGGGAGCAGAGGGAGAGAGAGACCAACGAAAAAUCCUGGUCAGGCAGCAGCCAAGGCUUUGUUUCCUCCAGCAUUCGCGUUGAUCACCCUGCAUAUCCGAAAGCCUCGGGUGCUACUGAGCUCGGACAAACGACGCCUUUCCCCAUACAUCGCGGAUGCACGCUCGAGGCUGUUUGCGCACUUGGACGUCAUGUCGUUAUGCAAGGCGGCGUCGACGGGACCAUUGCUGACAAGGAGUGGGAAGAUGGUCCGGAAAAGAGGGCGUCCGAAUGCCGAGAUAGCUGGAUGAACGCAUGAACCAGGAUGCACAUGCUGUUUGCCCAUGGGGCAAACAUUCCGCCCACGGCUCUGGAUGGGUCGCUAACAGGGGUCGCUGUUAGAGUGCGCAGCAUCCGCCGGGCGAGAUGGCAGGAAUGAUGUGCGUGGACCAUGCCUUCCGGACUGUGGCCACCGCUAGUGAGCAUCGUCGGAGAGGCUUAUAAAUGUCAUGGGCGGGG